CUGUUUAGCCGCCACGCCGCUAGCUGUAGCGGUAGCGAGUGUGUGGCUCCAGGUGGGCUCACGCGUUUUCAGGGUGGAGAAGUUUUGCUCCAAAACUGCAGACGACGGGCACAGCCCGAUUGAGGUAGCGUUAGUGCAGCCCGAGUGGCAGACUCCUCCCUGGCAUCACCGUCCUGGUGUGCUUUAAGGAAAACUCCUCAGGACCUCUGUAUCUGGAAAGCUGUGUAAACGCAGUUAGUGAUCGAACCUGCAGUCUUGGCAUCGGGAUGAUGCUCUGACCAACGGAGCCACCCUGCCAGGGCCUCAUCCUUCACCCCUGAACUUUCAGCCUUGUUCCUGGAAACCCACUUUAUUGUUGAACGCUUAAUUUUGAGGCAGUAAUGUCUCAGGAGACAGAAGGGGAGAGUCAGCAGUCCCAAGGCACCUUCUCACAGACACCAGGCCCCUCCUCCCAGACACCAGGCCCCUCCUCCCAGACACCCGGCCCCUCCUCCCAGACACCCGGCCCCUCCUCGCAGUCCCAGAGCACAUCCAGCUCCUCCACCAGCACAGUACCAACGUCCAGCCAGUCCUCUCACUCCAGCUCGGGGACGCUGAGCUCCUUAGACACAGUGUCCACUCAGGAACUGUAUUCUAUUCCUGAGGACCAAGAACCGGAGGAGCCGGUCCCUGCCCCUUGGGCGCGAUUAUGGGCCCUUCAGGAUGGAUUCUCCAAUCUUGAGUGCGUGAACGACAGCUACUGGUUUGGGAGGGAUCGAAGCUGCGAAUACUGCUUCGACGAACCACUGCUGAAAAGAACGGAUAAAUACCGGACUUACAGCAAGAAGCACUUUCGCAUUUUCAGGGAAAUGGGGCCGAAAAACUCUUACAUCGCAUACAUAGAAGACCACAGCGGGAACGGAACCUUCGUGAACAGAGAACUGGUAGGCAGAGGACGCCGCCUUCCUCUGAAUAACAAUUCUGAGAUUGCCCUGUCCGUGUGGAAUAACAAAGUUUUUGUAUUUUUCGAUCUGACUGUGGAUGACCAAUCAGUUUAUCCCAAGGAAUUAAGAGACCAAUACAUCAUGUCAAAAACUCUUGGAAGCGGUGCCUGUGGGGAGGUGAAGCUAGCCUUUGAGAGGAAAACAUGCAAGAAAGUAGCCGUCAAGAUCAUCAGCAAAAGGAAGUUUGCUAUUGGCUCUGAGAAAGAACUAGAUCCAGCUCUCAAUGUUGAAACAGAAAUUGAAAUUUUGAAAAAAUUAAAUCAUCCUUGUAUCAUCAAGAUUAAAGACUUUUUUGAUGCCGAAGAUUUUUAUAUUGUUUUGGAAUUGAUGGAAGGGGGCGAGCUGUUUGACCGGGUGGCAGGGAACAGGCGCCUGAAAGAAGCGACCUGCAAACUGUAUUUUUACCAGAUGCUCCUGGCCGUACAGUACCUUCAUGAAAACGGCAUUAUACAUCGGGAUCUAAAGCCAGAGAAUGUUCUGCUCUCGUCUCAAAAGGAGGACUGUCUUAUAAAGAUUACUGACUUUGGGCAGUCCAAGAUAUUGGGGGAGACCUCUCUCAUGAAAACCUUAUGCGGUACCCCGACUUACUUGGCCCCUGAGGUUCUUAAUUCCCUUGGGACUGCUGGGUAUAACCGUGCUGUAGACUGCUGGAGUUUAGGAGUUAUUCUUUUUAUUUGCCUUAGUGGGUAUCCACCUUUCUCCGAGCAUAAGACUCAAGUGUCACUGAAGGACCAGAUCACCAGUGGAAAAUACAACUUCAUUCCUGAGGUCUGGGCAGAGGUCUCCGAGGAGGCGCUGGACCUCAUCAAGAAGUUGUUGGUAGUGGAUCCAAAGGCGCGUCUUACGACAGAAGAAGCUUUAAAACACCCGUGGCUUCAGGAUGAGGACAUGAAGAGAAAAUUUCAAAAUUUGCUUUUUGAAGAAAAUAAGUCAACGGCUCUACCCCAGCUCCCAGCCCAGCCUUCUACGAGUCGAAAGCGGCUCCUCGAAGGGGAGCCGGAGGAUGCUGGCACCGCAAAGCGCCUGGCUGUCUGUGCUGCUGUGUCCUGAACACUGGUUGAAUGUGAAAGACAUGUACCGUCUUGAACCCUGCUGCUCUUUUCUUUAUGUAUAUGUAUAUAUAUAUAUAUUUUAGAUUUUAUGUUUUAAUUAUGGGAACAGCUGCUUUUCCAGAGUCAUCAGUACACGAUCAAAAGCCUAAUGGA